GAUUGUUCAGUAUGUUUACAUAGUGGCCACAGAGGAAACUUCUUGUUUUUUCUGUCUAUUCCCUGAAGAUGGAGGAAAAUUUAAUCCAUUGUUGUCAUGAUUUAUGGCAAAUAGAUGGUGUUACAUCUUUGGGAAAUAGUAAAUAUUUUGGAGUAGAUUGAAGCAGAAAUAUUUAGAUUGGUAGGUUUGAAAGACUUGCAGGGGUGUUUGAUUUAAAUUUUAGCCUCAAAUGUUUGGCAGAAUAAAGUUCCAGGGAGAAAAAUCUAUACAUAAAGUUCAGAGACAUGGUUCUGAUAAAACAAGGCUUAUGAUCAGUCUUAUUAAAGGAAGAAAGAAGUUGAGAAUUUCUGUUUGUUGACCUAAUAAAAGGGUUUGUUUUUCUUAUCUUUAUAGUGCAAUUUGAGUAUCAGGAAACCAACUAUAAAUGUCACUAGAUUAUGAAAGUAUCAAUCUUAUUUGAUUAAACAAGUGUCAGUUUAUGAAAGAAUGAUAGAACAAAUCAAAUUGGAUAACAUUUUCAUAGAAAAUGAUAUUGCAGAUGUAAGUGAUUAGGAUAAAGUAAAAGUGGAAUAUUUUACCUGUUAAAAAUGGGGCAGACGACAUCAAGCAGACUUCCUCAACAAAGUGGCAUUCAUCCUCAACCGCAAAAUGAUGACAAAACAUACAUAAAUGGUCAUGGUCACAUUUACUCUUUAGUGAGAGGAGGUGCAGACAGGGACAGCCAGAAAUCACAAAAAGUAAAGAAAGUUAAAAAAGAAAAAUCAAAAGAAGUAAAAAAAGAAGGUAUUAAAGUCAAAAAUAAAACUGAAGUUUGUCGAAAUAUUGCAAGGUAUGAUUCAACAAAGCAUGGUUUGGUUGGAGAGAAAAAACAAAGUAAAUGUGAAAAAGAUUUGAAACACAAGACAGAUAGACAAGAACAAAUUAGAGAGUUAGAUGAAUCAAAAAAGGAAAAGAAAGAAGAUGAAAAGAAGGAAAGAAGUAUGUUACCACAUCAAGCGAUUGAUACAGUGUUACAUGAAAAUGAUAAAAAUGGAAAUGUAUUAAGGAGAAAAAGGAUUGAGAAACAAAAUAGUAAAAAUAGAAAUGGAAAUAUUGCAAAUUUAAAUAAACAAUUUGAAGAUUUUGUUACAAGACUGAGAAAGGAAGCUGGUAUGCCACAGAUAGCAGAUAUUCCAAAAACAGAAAAGGAGACAGAGAGGAGUAAGGAAGCGUUCAUGGACAUGUUGGCGUCGAGAUAUCCACAGUACGCUGAGAAAAUCAGCUCAACAGCGAGUGAAGACGGUUUCCCAGUACGGGGUCGAUCACGUGACCCCCGUCGCCGAGCUACUGUUGGAUACUCACAGCACAACAGGUCCAUGGAUUAUGAGGGAACGUUGUCCGAGGCAGACGGCCCUACAUUCCAUCGAGGAGGAUUUGUUCGUUCAAGUUUACCCGCAGCUCGCAGUCCACCUUCCAUCGAUAAACCUCCAGGUCUGGUAUUCCUGAUAUUCCGUGAUGAAACUAAGAAAGCCUUGUUACCCAAUGAAAUAACACACCUAGAUACAGUACGUGCCAUGUUUGUUCGCUCGUUCCCUGGUAAACUAACGAUGUCAUACCUGGAAUCACCAAAGAGGAAAAUUUACAUUCUGGAAGCAAGGACCAAUAUAUACUACCAGUUGGAAGACCUCAGGGAUAUAAAGGAUCGCACAGUUCUACGGGUUCAUGAAUGUGACAGUGAGGAGCCGCAGCGGGUUCAGGAAAAACCCGAGGUCAGAGGUCGCACAAUACAAAUUCCAGCUGGUUCUCAGGGUUUCUAUGGCACUCUUCCAUCUUCUGCAAUUACUAGUCAGGUCCAUCAAAAAGCACAGACACUGCCCUCUCAUAUGCAUCACCCUGUCUACAUGUCACAUGAUGAUAUUAGCCAAUCACCAGCCAGAACUGCUUAUGAAAGAUCAAGGUCACUGACCCCUGACCCUGUGAGGUCAGCUAAUUAUGCUCAGAACCCUAUUUAUGGAAGAAUGGGGAUCUCACCUGAGAGGCCCCCACCCCCGCAAGAUAGAGUUGGACCUCCUGACCGGCCUCUUAUAUUGCGAACCAUUCCAGAGAACAACUUGAUGAUGAAUGGCUUAAAGAAUGGGGUAGAAUAUUACGAUUAUCCGGAUGGAUACGGUCGAUCGUCGGGAGCACCGUCACCGCGGCAAGCACACAGACCAUCACCGAGACAAGCUAUGUCCCCUCCUGCAAUCCCAUCAGUACCAAGAGUUGAGCCAACGCGCAGAGCUUUCUCACCACCGCCAAAUCUACAAAACUAUGAUUACAUUCAGGUUGUACCGAGCAGUCAAGCCGCUCACAGUCAAGGGACGUACAUAGUGAAAGGUGCGCGAGCUAAUACCAUAGUAACCCCACAACGUGCCACAGUUGCCCCGCCAGCAACCACGAAAACCCCAUCUUCCCAUCAACCCCCACCUGGUCAGUCCCAGCAUAUUCCCCAGCAGUCAUGGCGUGAAAGGUCGCCAGUUGGAAGACAUUCUUUGCCACUGUCAGCGGUUCCAUACAGCGGGUCUGGCACAGUCCAUCAGCGGUCUCAGAGCUACCGGGUACCAGCCACAUCAGAUAGGGAACCGUUACUGGUUACCAGACCUCGCAGUAUGACCCCAUCCCCUUUAGACCUGCAGGAAGUUGAUACUACAAGAGACCGAAUUGACAAAAUGGAGCACCAGUUAGCACACCUUGCAGCCUGGGUCCAGACGGCAGUUGUCCAGUCAUCUGGUAGCACGGGAGCACCCUCUAGUGUCAAAAGUACAAGUAGUGUUACAUCUGAAACAAGCCCGCUGUUAGAUUCCGCUAGUGGUAAGCUUGACGCAGAGGUGAGAGGGUACGAGGAUAUUCCAGGUUUAACUGAUAUUGCAUCAGACGGCACUCCAACAUUGUCUCAGGACAUGAAGAACAACAUUCUGUCCAUCAAACAUCAGGCAGACGCACUACGGUCAGAUCUAAGGAGUUUACGCCGUCUGCAGCAGAUAAACAAGGAGUCCAUCUUGGAAACUGUUGAUGAUGCAUGGAGGAAAAUCAGGGAGGCGCUGUCGUCUGUACCUGGUGCGGAGCAUUUAUUGAUUCGUCAACAACGAAAUGAAGUUGAUGUGAUGUACAAAAUCUACCUCGAGGACAAGGCACAGGCAGAAAAGGAACUAGGAGAUUUGGAGCACGCUGUUGAAGAGUUACGAUCAGAUGUUUUGUCACGUCAGUGUCGUGUACAGAUGUGUGACGUUGAAGGAAUGGCACUGGUAUUGAGUCAUGUGACCAAACAACUUGGCGAUCUUAAAGCAAGAUUUCCCAAGCUACAGGAGAGGCUGAAGUUUGUGAUGGCAGCAGAGAUGGAGGUCAUUGUCAGGGAAGAGAAAUUUUUAAAGGAAGAACCAGAAAAACUGGAUAAUUCUCUGAAGAAAUGUAAAAAACUUACUGGAACUCUCUUCACACUUAAAAGACUGGCUUCUGUUCAGGAACACCGUCCACCUCAGGUUGUAGCACUAUCUGCCCAAGCCAAGAUACCAACUAUGGAGGAUAAGAAAGCAGUGUUACAGAAUAUCCAGGCCAUGAUACCCGAUCAUGAGGCCAGACUCCAUGGUAUAGAGGCAGCUGAAGCUGCUCGCCAAAUCAAGAAGAAGAUUACAACACAGCAGGAAUCACUGAGAUUUGGUAAAUCUUUAGAACUUGCAAGUAAAGCUUUGAAACCAUAUGGUGCUGCCCCCACGUCUCAACCCGGGGGAUCAUCCACUGCUGUCUCGCAUCAGGCAUCUAACGGAGAUGCACAUUCUUCAUCACCAUCACAGUCGGUUGCUGAUACGUCAUCUGUUAUAUCGUUUGUUAUGCCUAUAUCUACGUCCACACCCAAAAGUGCUAGUCAACAAUCUACCUCAAACACAGAAACUAGUGCAACAUCCCCUUCGAUGUCGUAUCCAGUAAUGUCUCUAAUUAGAGCUGUCUCCCCUAGAACAGAACAGUCUCAGUCAAAAGGUCAAGGUGGUGGUGAUAUGAGAAAGGUCAAAGUUCAUGAAUAUAAAGGUCAAGAUGAGGAAGGCAGAAAGAAAGAGAAGGGAAGUGAUGGCAGAAGCGGAAGGAGUGUUGAUUUCAGGUCAGAGCCUGCUGUUCUUCCAGUGUCGUCCUGUGAGACGGCUGCUCAGAAAAGAAGUGGCAAAAAGUCAGAAAAGUCUUCUGCUGUUAAAUCGUCAGAGAAACCCAAAACUACUGAAAUAAAUAAUCAAAAGUCUGCUGCUAGAGCAGCAUUUUUUAGUUCAUUGUCAUCACCACAGACACCAACAACAGCAACCACUCCAACAUCGUCUGUAUCAUUGUCAAUUGAUUCACCUACAGAAGUAUAUUCAAAGAUCUCUCCAGGUGUUAAUGUGUCACCAAUAAAAAGCAUUCCAUCAUUAGUACGUAGUUCUGCUGUGACCAUGCCAUCUGCUUCUCUCAGUGCAUCAGUCAGUCAGUCACAUGCUUCUGCAACAAAACCAUCAAGCCUUCCAGUCAGUGGAUCAUCAGUUGUGUCGUCACAGAGAUUUAGCCCCGCCUCGCCAUCAAAUUCCUCACAACAGACCACCUCACGACCAAGAACAUCAUUCACUGCCAUUCCAAAGCCAUAUUCCCCGACAAAGUCAACACCAAGUCCGCUAACACCGGAAUCGCCAAGGUACCGUAUCCCUCCUAGUCAACAAACAAUCAUUUAUUCUCAGCCAGGAAGCGGAAGCAGUAGAAGAACUCAAACUUCACAACUAAAGCAGCCAAAAGAUAUAUCUGCUCGCCCUAAGAAAGUACCCCCACCUCCACCUCCUAGGAAAAGCAGCCGGGUACCAGGCCAUGCGGUUUUGGCGGUAAAUGCAGCAACAGUGAAUGGGCAAUUAACUAAAUCAAAACAUACUGAUUCAAAAAAUUUAGAAGAAACCAGUAAAGAUCGUUCAGACAUUAUAAAACCACCUAAACAAUUUGCUAACAUUGAAUUGGACACUAAAGUGGAACGGAAAUCAAGUGUCGGAUCACUAAAACAAUUUACAACUCCAUUGCUAGAGAGUAAAAGAGAUAAAUCAUUAGAAAAAGAAAAGAGUUUAGAUAAAGAUCAGAAACCACCAGAAAUGGUGGGUAAGAAAUUUUCCGUAUCAAAUUUAGACACGGAUGACAAAUCUACGAAAAGUAUUGAAAAAGACCUUGACCUUAGUAAGGAAGAUCAAAAUGGUAACCAUGAUUUAGAAGAAAGUUCAAGAAAAAUCAUUGAUGGAAAAGUUACAAACAUUAGUGCAGAAAAGAGUAGCGAAACAAUGCGAGAUGGGAGCAUAGAAAGUACAAGUAGUUCUAGUAGUUUAGAUUCUCAACUGGAAGCAGUCUGGGUCAAACAGAAAUAUGAAUUAGCAGAUACAAGCUCUUCAGUGACACAGUCUAGUCAGGAUACAAUAGAAGAUUCAUCUGUGUCAGAGGAAAAAGAUAAGUCAAGUGAAAAUGUAACUUUUAAAAAGCCAAAACCUCCUCCGCCUGAAAGAAGGUCAAGUUUGACCUCAAAAUCGAGAACCGAAGCAGACGACGCAGCAGACGGAAAAGAUUCCAAAGGCAGCAUUGAUAGAUUAGUUUGAUGUUUAGUUGUGUUGUUAACCAUGUUUUGUCAUAAAUCUUAUAUCAUAUAAUAUUAUUUAUUUAGCAAUAUCUCUAACUUUAAAUAAUAAAUUGCUGAAGUAGCAAGGAUUGUAGUAUGGCCACACAUCAAAACCCAUUGAAAUGUCUGUUUUACUGAAAUAUGCAUAACAUAAAACAUUUAAUUAAUUUCUUUGUACCCAUUUAAGAUAUAAAAAGUAUUUGUGCUCACUUAAUGAUUUCGGCAUAACCAUAGCAAUAGUGCAUAAUUGUUUUCAUACAUGUAUAUGGUAAAAUAGCUCAACCUUACAUUAAAUGGAUGAAAGCAGAAAUAUGUUACAAUUUUUUUUUCCAGAUAGAUACACUUACGUUCAAUUACAUACUUGAUAAUGUGCAUUUGUGUUGGACCAUUUUUGCUGUUAUUCAAAUCAUCAUACCUCAGUGCAAUAUUUUUCUUUUACUUGUUAUACACUGGACACAAAGAAACAGUUUUUAAGAUGUCCUUUUCAUUCUGUGAGUUUUUUUCCUCUCUCACUUGAAAUAGUCCUUUUGCGUUACAACAAAAAAUGUUUUUAAUUUAGACUUCUUCAGUUUGCAACUAAAAAUAUUGAAGUAGAGAUUACAGCUGUGCCAGAUCAUUUAUCGAGCAUUUUGAGAACAGAAAGAGUUGUACUUUGGCCCAAUACUAUACUGCAGUUGAGAUACUAGAAUUAUAAUGUUCAGGGCCAGUAUUCAUCAAGUCUGAAAAUGUAGAGUUAAAAAUGGCAAAUUUUCAUGUUGUCACAACUUUGUUUGUAGCGCUUAUAUACUGAUGAAAUCCUACAGAGCUGUCUGUAGCGACAGAAUGAACAUUUGUGCAAAGUUUUAUUAUUCUCUGUGCAAAUUCGUCAAUUAUAGCGCAAAAACAAAAUUUAGCAUUUUAAAGUCUUAAGUUUCAGACAUUAAAUGAGCCGCGCCAUGGGAAA